UGUGUGUGUACGCAGAGCGAGACGGACGCGUUGUUCGUUUGUUGUUAUUAUCGCACGACUCAGCUGGUUGACGUGUUGUGGUUCUUGAACCGGCUCGUAGUACGGUAUUGAAGUUUAUUAGUGAUUGUAGUGGACGGCUUAAUGCUUAAGAUUAUUAUAGUUAUGCGGAUGAAUACUUGAGAGGAAUAACCCGAACUUCCUAUUCGGCAUGUGGUUUGUGAUGAUGUCGGUAGCAGUGCUGGUAGUAGGAACGAGUGGGAUCCCUUGCGAAGAAGCAAGAAUGAAAUGCGCCUAUCGCACUGGCUGCGGAACUGCCCUACACAAUUAUUUGGUGGGAUGUUCCGUGGUCCUCCAAGGGCCACAUCCUACGUAUUGCCCGGAGGUGUGUCAAUAUUCACUGGUUGCUCUUACGUCUACAGAAGAAGGAACAGCAUUAACCACUUGUGAUUGUAGCGAUGACUAUUGCGAAGAUCAAAAACAACGGUCGGAAAUUUGCAGGCCGCAAGUUACCAAAAUUCUAAACAGCCCGGUAGUGCCCUGCAGGGUGGCUCACGCGAUUUGCGUCGCGGACGCUUCUUGUUCUGCCGCACUAGAAUACUACAAUCAAUAUUGCAAAGCAAUGUUUCACGGCAAAAAGUGCACGGCCAAAUGUCACAACUCCAUCAAGAUACUUAGAAGACAGGAGAAAGCAGAGAAGUUAAAAACGUGCAAGUGCGAUGGUUACAACAGCUACGAGUGCACCGACAUCCAGAGAAACAUGGAGAAGUUGUGUUUCCGUAAACAUUCCAGACGUCAUAACGCCACCUCCAUUCCAACGCAAACGAAUUACAUAACACGAGUGACGACAUCUGGUGACCGUACCAUCCAAGUGACUUUGACUUUAUUGACGUUGAUUCUAGUGCCGCUAUUAAUCACGUGAAUUUAAUUAUUGCCGGUUUGCGCGUUAAGAUAUCUACCUCGUUUAAACAUUCAGUAUUUAUCUUAUUAAUCCUUAAACUGUGAUAUUUUAAUUAUGUAUUUUCCGGUUAAUAAAAACGUCGGUAUUACAAACUAAAUUAAAGUUAUCGCGAAGAACCGUUGUGUUGGUUAGUUUCAAGCACGGAAUAAGUCGAAUAUGAGGCAUAGUGCAGCAGGGUGGUUCAUUUAGCCCCGCGCAGAGAAAAAACUUUUUUGAGUGUCUGAUUCUAGUGAUAAGCGUUGCCUAAUUUUUGUUUCAUUUCGUAUUUUAUGUUUUAGGACUAGGGAUAAUAUCAAAUUUGAAUAGAAACCGUUUGAUAAGUAGGUAAUUUACCUGAAUAUCCUUAUUAAGUUGUAUUUUUGCUGUAGGUUAUGUUAGGUUAUAUAUAAGAAAUGCAAAAUUACCCGAAUGAAUCAAAUAUAGAACUCAAUUAACUCAUGACGACGUGGGUAUAAGUUAUCUCACUUGAUAUUAGCCAAUAAUAGAUUGAAAUAAUUAAACAAAUUUAGUGGUAUAUCGGUGUUUUGGAAUUUGCUAUAGGAAAACCUAUUUAUUAUAAAUUUUGUACACCUUGGAAGUGAUACAUACGAUUUUGGAUAUGAUUAUAUUAAUUAAACCGAUUUAACCAAACCUCCCCACUAUUACAAAAAGUUACACAUUAAUUGUGGAAAAAGUUUUAACUUGAUGAGAUUUCUUAGCGUUUUAAUUGAAUAUAGAUGUGUGUACCAAAGGUUAUGAUAUUUUAGAGUUAUUAUUUUAAUUCCUAAGCCAAAGAGGUUGCUUGCCGCUGUACAUUGCUUUAAGUUAUUUCGAGUUAUUGUUUGUAUACGGGCUAGCACUUCUUGUUUUGUAAAUUUUAAUUGAGACUAAAAUUUUUCAAAAAAUCGAUGACGCCUGAAAGAAUAUUUCUUAAUUUCGAUUUUACGUUUUGUCAGUAUGAAAUAAGACACUGUAUGAAUUACUUAGGAAAUUUUAUUUAAAGAAAAAAGUAGUGCAUUAGAUGGUUGUUAUGA